AUGUCUUUUGUUCCCGCGUCUUUCGGUUGGGAUUCGUUUCCUGCUUCUCCGCUGUUGCCUUCUGCUUCUGCUUCUCCCGUCUGUUCCUCGGCUCCUGCGUCCCCGGGCGUGUCUUUUGGUUCUUUUGCUUUGUUUGGGGUUGAGUUGACUCCUCCCUCCUCUCCUUCCCCCCGUGCGACUUCUGUUGCCUCUCCUGGUCCUUCCUCCCCACGUCCUUUUCCUUCUCCUCGUCGCCGUUCUUCUCCUUGCGAAGAAGAAAAUAAUCGUGAUCUAUCUCCACGGUAG